AUCAACUAAAGCACUCUUCUGCUCACUUUCUCAUUUUCAAACCAUCUGUACAAAAAUGAUAAAGGUGAUAGCUUUGCUGCUGCUUUUACAGAAUGCUGCAUCUGGAGAAACGUAUUAUCUGGAGAUGGAUCAUUUCCUGUAUCCAGGAGUUCCCAAUUUCCCAGAGUAUGGAGUGAUGGAUGUUUUUGAAGGGUUUUUAGCAUCUUACCAUGAUGACAAUGUAAAGCAUAUCAAUCAAGACUGGCUGAAAGAGUAUGUAAAAAAGCACCCAGAGGACUGGAAAUUGUCUGUCCAGGCGUGCUUGGGAUACAAAGAUCUCUUCAGAACUCAGACUAAGAAUUUUAAUACCUGGUCAAACCAAUCAGAAGGCAAGGAGAUAAUUCAGCAAAUUAUUCGCUGUGACUGGGAUGAAGAAACUGAUAAUACUUUUGGUCAUGUAAAGUACGGUAACAAUGGAGAAGACUUUAUCACAUUAGACACAAAGACAGAGACAUGGUUUGCAACAAAUUCAAAGGCGGAAGUCAUAAUAGAUGAAUGGAAUGCAGACAAAACCAAAUAUGAGAUUGCAAAGUACAUACUCCAAAAUGGGUGCCUGCCAUUGUUAAAAGUAUUUGUGAAAUAUGGAAAAUCUUAUCUGAGCAGAAAAGUUCUUCCCUCAGUGUUUCUGCUCCAGAAGUCUCCCUCCUCUCCAGUCACUUGCCAUGCAACAGGUUUCUUCCCUGACAAAGGCAUUAUGUUCUGGAGGAAAGAUGGAGAGGAGAUUCAUGAAGGGGUAGAACAUGGAGAUCUUCUUCCCAAUGAUGAUGGAUCCUUUCAGAUGAGUGUCUACCUGGAAGCUCUGAAAAUCCCACCUGAAGACUGGGGGAGAUACGAAUGCGUAUUUCAACUCUCUGGUGUGCAAAAUUAUGUUGUUACCAAACUGGACCAAGAUUCAAUCAGAAGCAACAAUCCCAAAAAUGAAGGUCUGUUAACAACAACCAGCAUCGCUGUCAUUGCUACAAUGGGAUGUGUUAUCGUCAUCAUCAUCGUUGCUUUAUCAUCCACAGCUUUCAAAAAGAGGAAUGUGACACACAGUAUAGAGAGAUCUUCUACACCAUCCUCUGAAACAGCCUCUCUUUAAGAAACUGGUAACAAAAAGCACUUCACCAUGAGGCAUGCUGGACUUGUGUCAUAUCCAGAUGUCCUGUUAACUGCACAUAUAAUCUACAGGAAAUUCCAGGAUCACGUUAAAUGAAGAUUACUGGCAAUAAUUUAACGGAGCAAACUUAACAUGCUAAAUGGUGUGGGUUUAAUGUCAUGUCUCAAAGUUUUGAGUAGCUCUAUCUAUGUUUACUCACAUUUUACAACUAUAUUGCACAAUAUUAUUUUUAAAUUAUGCAUCUGCCUAUUAUAAAACAUACAAACGAAUACAUGACAUAAUGAAAGUCUGUAUUUUUCUCUACCAAAUAACAUCAGAGGCUAUUUUUGUUGAAGGUCCUACCACAACAAAUGACAGAGAGAAACCUUCUUAGGUUUUACCAGACUUAUCUAAAAAGGAAAAGAAGAAAUAAACAGUUCACUGAAACUAGAGAUAAGGUUCUGGUUUCUGUUUUAGCAAAGAGAUGCAAACAAAAUCAAGCCUGAGCCAAGAGUUGAACAACAUUCUAGGCUAUAAAGCAAACAGAAAUUGAUAUGCAAGUGCUGUGCUGAAAAUAAUCAAGCUGAAUAACUAAAUGACUUAUUAACAUUUUACCCUAUUUUUUUAUUCUCCUCUGAAGUCUUACUCCAGCCUAUAAAAGGUCAAUGUUGAAUCAUCACACCUAGAAAAAACUAUCUGAAAACUUAUCUUAUAUCUUAUUUUGAUGUUGACUAUCAAAGUUAUUUAACCAAAUCAUUUUGUCUAUAGUGUUGAAAGAGAUAAACAUUUAAACAGUGAAAUCAGGUCAGACUGUUGACCAGUGAUUGCUUUCAUGUGACUGUCUUUUUUUCUGUCUAAGAAACUACUAAGAGAUGUGUGGGUUUUUUAUAUAUAUAAAUGGAUGCUUUUUAAAAAUAAAUCAUAACUGAAGUAUG